UUUGUUGUUCUUAUUGUGGAAUGCCGUCUUUAAACAGUUAACGACAUUUUGUCUUCGCAGCUGCCGAAGUUCAAGUGAAAUAUUGCUUGUAAACAGCGCUUUCUUUGCAAAAUAUAUUCUAGUCCGCUCAAACGCAUCUACGAAAGAUAAACUGCGCUGAUAAAAGACUAAGAACAGACAGCUGGGCCCAUUGACGCGUUCUUUUUUAUCUGUGGAAUUGAACAGAAAGCCAUUGCAAAUGGAAUAUUUCGAAUAUCAUGAGUAUGCAUGUCACAUCAUGAAUAAGUAGACAACGUGGCGCGUGACAUGCUGAGUAAGCUGAUCUCCUCAAUUUAUUAAAUAUAUUUAAUCUUGUGGGAAGACGCUGCAUCGAGAAAACGCAGCACAAUAUCCAUAAUCUUUGACCUUAAAUGCUUAAAAAGCAUAAUUUAGUUUUGCCGCGUUUUCAAACAAUUUUGGCGCGAAUAUAUCUGCACAUGCGUAGUAACGAGAAACUGGGAGCAAUGGAGCAACCAUGACCACGGAGCAACCCAGGUACUAAAAUGGCGAAAUAUUAAGUCUAUGAAAAGUGUUUAUGUUAAUAGUUGAGUCUGGAAUUGUCCUAUUUUGUACCACAAUAUGCUGCCAUCUGAUCUAGCAAGGCUUGUUUACGGUUAUCUUGAAGAAAAGGGUCUUGAGGCAACCAGAAAUGUCUUUGCUAAAGAAUCGUUCGAUCUCUUGGCUGGAGAUGUCCAGACUCCUGCUAUUGAAGGGCAAAAACUUUCCUUGAUUGUCGACGAAUAUUUCCUGUUGAAAGGCGUUGAUAUGAAAGGGGGAUCCUCAGAUCCAGAAAAUCUUUUGAGAUUGUUGUGGAAACAGUUUGACAUCGUAGUUGGCCAGUUGAAGCAUACUACCAUCCCUAGUUUCUCGAAGCCAAACAAUCGUGUCAGAAAUGUUUACAAAGAUCAAAAAGCAAGAUCCCGGCAUUUUAACAAGCAAAAUUGGGUCACUCUCCAGCAGCAAAAGAGGAAUACGCAACCUUUGAGAACGCGCAAAACCGUCAUAUUACCAGAUAUCGCAAAUGGAUCGAAAAGUCGUUCCAAAACCUCUCCUCGAACUUCGUUGGAGCCUCAAAUUAUUGGAAAUGGCGCGACCGUUCCAUCUAACAACAAAACCUCGGAAAACCUUCAUGAGAUCGAUCCCAGCAAGAAUUGCGGGAUUGUUGAUGUGAAGUCACCGAAACGAAAAAGUGUUACUCCACGGAAAAGAACGACAGAGAAGUUACCCUUGCUGCCUUCACAUCAAGAAGGUAUCGGCACAACGCCAAGUACCAUCGCAGGAGGUGAUGGUACCGGUAUAAUGAGUCUGGUGGAAAAAAUCCUCAUUCAACCUGAACUUUCUGAGAAACUUGCAGAGAACAUUAAUAAAGCAGUGGAGAUUGAAGCGGUUUCUUCGACAAAAUCUCCUGAAAAAACAAAGGAAAAGGAAGUUAAUGUUGAAAGUAAUUUUGUUGUCGAUAGCAGUAAAAUUGAUGAUAUUGUUGAAAUGAUGAAAUCUGAUCCCGCCUUUGAAGAUAUAUUUUCAAGUUUUGCUGACGAGACCUUUGAUGGUUCAACUCUACUGGCUAACCCCAGCGUUUCAAAUUCUAACUCGGUCUCCUUGGAAACACCGUUGAAAAAUAUGACAACAAUGAUUAGUCCCAGUCCUAAACGUGGGAGCUCUCUGUCUGUUGCUCAAAGUCCCAAUGUAGAGAUUAAGAAUGCUCAAGCACCUAUGGCGCAUGUCAGGCAAUUGAAUUUUGUCUCAAACACUUGCGGUCACGAGAACGUCUAUGGACAAGUUGUCGGUGAUAGCGACACUGUGUUCCGGGAUCAAAUCACCGAUACUAACAUAUCUUAUGAUAAAACAAGCCCUCCUUGUGCAACGAUGAAUUCCAAGAACAUCGACAACUUCCAAGAAAUUGGAGCGAAGAGUCAAAAUUCGGGGAUUGUUGUUUUUGACAAGGAAAGAGAUUCAUAUUCAGAGAAAUGUUUUCAAGAAUCAAAUGGAAAUACAGCAAAUGAUGCAUCGUCAAAGAAUGAAGAAAUAUAUGUAAAUAAAGAUAGAACUAUACCUUCACCUUUAAAGAUCAGUGCUUUGGAAAAUCUCGCCGUUAUGGAGUUCAUAAAUAGUAAAUGUGAAGUGACACGAGAUAAUGCCGUGUCUUGUGUGGAUAAUACAGUGUCUUGUGUGGAUAGUACAGUGUCUUGUUUGGAUUCUUCAGUGUCUUGUGGGAUACUUCAGUGUCUUGUGUGGAUACUACAGUGUCUUGUGUGGAUACUACGGUGUCUUGUGUGCAUACUACAGUGUCUUGUGUGGAUACUACGGUGUCUUGUGUGGAUACAACGAUGUCUUGUGUGGAUACUACAGUGUCUUGUUGUGAUUACCCUGUGUCACGUGUAGAUGUUACGACGUCUUUUGUUGAUAGUACAAUGUCUGGCGAACCACCCAGCGAAUGUUUAUCGAAGAAUAACGAUUGCACUACGACUACUAGCGAUGGUAAUGCGAAAAGAAAACACAAAAACGUGAAGUCGCGUCGAAGCUUUAAGAAAGCGAAGAGGAUUCCCAAUGAUCUGAACGUUGAUAUGUUUUUAUCAAGUUUACACUACGACGAAAAAACGUGAGAAUUUUAUUUGUAGUAAAUAUCUUUUACGACGUCUAAUAAUUUUGAGUUGUAAAUUUUUUGUGAAAACGUUUAUGUUACUACACUGAUUUCCAAUAUUGUUAUUUCCUGUUGUCAAGGAUCGCCUUUUAUGAUCAGUGUUUAUGAUUGGCUCAAAAUGCGACGAAGUACAAUACGCUUUAGAAAUGUUCAAUGGAAAAAGUGCAUUAAGGUGGCUCGCAAGGGUCGCUCACAAAUAGAAACAAUUUGCACAUUAAAGAAAGUGAGAUGCAUUAUGAGACACACACCAAGGUUACUAUUGGGUAGCACACUAAGGUGUGCUGUAAAUAAUACAUUUUACUAUAGCACAUUUUGAAA